GGGAAUAGAGGUGGGGAAUCAAUUGCAGCAUUUAUUCCCAGGGUUGGCUAAUCGCAGGCAAGCCAUUUAUUGUCGGAACUUGACAAACCCUCAAAACUUUCUAUCUGUCCUUAUUUUUUUAAACGACGGCGCGUUUUGCCACAGUAAGGAGAACACUAACGUGGACCGUGACAGUGACACUGGGCACAUUGGGGGGGAAAAAAGCCCAUCGCACAACGGCGAAAUCCCAUAAAUCGCCAGGGAUCUUGAAUCGCUUUUAUUUUUCUACCGGCAGAACUUGCAUCGUCUUUUUUUCUUCUUGACUGGUCUUUCUUUUUUAAACCCCGAAGAAACAUUUCUCUUUGGUGCAGCAAAAAGGAUGGGCAAGAAUCACCAGUCACUCAAUGUUGGAGAAUGUCAAAAGCAAAUGGUACCCACAUCAGAAUCCACAGCCUGUUUGAGGACGCUGCCCACGCUGGCCAGUUUACUGCUGUCAGUCGCUUCUGUGGGGUUUUGUCUGUUAUUAAAUGUUAGGACGGCAGUGUUGCAAGAUAAAGUCAGGCUGUUGGAAAAUCAAAAAGGAAGCAUUUCAUUGCAAGCAGCGCGGGACGAUGCAGAUUUAUUCGUGCUACAGAAAAGAAUCGACCAACUUCAGGAGGAGUUAACCAACACAGUCGGAAAAAUCCGGACAAUUAGGGAGGUUACGUCUGAUUGUCUUUGCCCGCCAGGUCCCCAGGGGAAGCGAGGCAAAACAGGAAGAAGAGGAGCCACUGGAUACACUGGAGAACCAGGAAGAGAUGGCUAUCCGGGCCCUCUUGGAUUGGAUGGAAAGCCAGGCCUUCCUGGACCAGAAGGGGAAAAGGGUGAUCAAGGUUCCUCUGGACUCGCAGGUCCUCCAGGUCCAAUAGGUCCUCCAGGAAUCUCAGGAAAUGAGGGGCCACAUGGAUUUCCAGGAACUCCAGGCGAACCUGGGGAGAAAGGAGAAAGUGGACCUCCAGGAUUAAAUGGUGAAAAAGGUGACCAAGGAACAACAGAGCUAGUAGACUGUGAUGGAAAGAUUCAAGAAGCACUCCAGGGCAUAGUGGGUCCUAAAGGCGACAUGGGAAUCCCAGGACUUCCAGGGCAGAAAGGUGACAAAGGAGAAACUGGUUUCUUUGGUCCACCUGGUGAACCAGGAUUGAAUGGCAGCAAAGGAGAAAAAGGUGAUGCUAGUGAAAAAGGUGAUAGAGGAUUCCCUGGUAUGAAGGGAAAUCCUGGUUCCACAGGUCUUAUAGGUCUUCCUGGUCAAAAGGGAGAAAAGGGUAAACUCGGUGAACCAGGAUUAGAUGGCUUCCCAGGACUCAGAGGGCAAAGGGGGAACAGAGGUGAAAAAGGAGACAAGGGCGAAAGAAGUUACCCAGGCAAAAGAGGAUCAAAGGGGCAGAAGGGAGAUCAAGGUCCUCCUGGAUUAGAUCAGCCUUGUCCAGUGGGUCCUGAUGGUCUGCCGAUUCCGGGAUGUUGGCAGAAGUGAUUGCUAAUCAGCAAGCAACAUGUGUGUACACACUAUUUGUGAUUCACCAUAAUAUAAAGAAACUCAACUGAGAACAUGUUAAGCCUGGUAUAAUGGACAAGGACUGAGCUUGAUGGAACAGAAUAUUAUUCCAUUUAAUUUUGUAUCAAUUUUUACCAAAAGUGGAAGAAAGCAACAUAAAUUAGCUCUGAUAUAAAAUAAAUAUAUCCCAAAAUCUCAAUUGGGGAUGUCAAAGCACUAGUGUGUGACAGGUAACUUCAAUAGAAUACUGGGUUGGUAACUAUUGAAGAUAACGUCUAAAUUCCGCAUUGUGAUAGUUGGUCUCUAAUAAUGAAAAUAAGUAUUGAUACUUUUAGUGACAUCAUUUUGCAUUUAGCUGACCUGAAAUCUUUCAGGCUGCAAGGCCAAAAGUAAUAUAUUCAAUUUUCUCUCACUUGUACCAACUUGGUCAAUCCAGGAAUGCCUGGAGACUUCUAUUGAAGAGUAUAAAAUCUUGUUCUACUUGAUCAACUUGAUCAAGCCACAUCUAAUCAAAAUUUGGGCCUAUUCCAGGGAUAUUACAUCAACUGCAGUUAGUGCUAGUAUUUUGUACAUGUUAUCAAAAUUAAUUCAGAUUCCUGUUUUAAACGCAGAUUUUUUGCAGAGGUAAAUACAUUAAUUAAUAGCACUAAUAUUGGCGCUAGCUGUGAUAGUUUCAGCAUCUCACACAUGAAACCUUUCAGAUAAACACUGGAUAUACUGCACCUCAAUCAAUCCUGCCUCAUUGUUAAUCUCGGCAAUUGCUCAAGAAUAUUGCUCCAUGGGAAUUAGAAGAAAAUUAAUCAUGGAAUUAUCAGCACUGAAGAUGUGAGAAUAUCAGCCACUGGUUGUCUUCAUAAAAGUCCACUGGCAUAAGUGAGAGUUCUCAAUUAUACAUAUCCUAUUUGGAGUAGGCCACAAUAAUCAGCCAACACUGUUUAUGAACAUGUUCUUUAGCUUUAGCUCGAAGUCUAGCAAGGUUUAAACUUUCUUCAGUUUUGCAUCAAUUUCAUUGAAAUGUAAUUACAAUAGGAACAAAUUUAAACAAAAGGUAAUGAAUCGGGAACAAGCUAUAUCCUGACGUACUUUGUAAUAUCCUGUACUUAGUAGAGGAGAAGAUUAAAUUAUUCAUAUUUUCUUUCACAGUUACAGUAUUAUUCAGACUGUUGGUCUUGCAAGCCUUCUAAAUUCCUAUGAAACAUUUAACAAAAUAGUCAUCAUGCUAAAAAUUAAAAACACUUUCACCUAAGGUGCUAUGACGAAGAUUAAAGAUGGGUGACAAUGAAGUGCUUUACAAAGCUCACCUGAUAAGCUUCUGCCCAUCAAGGUACAAUGGCGAUCAAGUCAGAUAAAGAUUGUUUAAUUAUCAAAUACCUAAGAGGAUCUUUAUAGCAUUUUGACAACUUGGAAGACAUUUUGUUCUGGUCAGCAAAACAAACCUGAUAACUUCUAAAUGGCAUUAAAAUAGAUCGGCAGGUAUCUAUCGAGGAAACAACUUGCACAAGACAAGAAAACAAGAUAACAAACCACACCUCGACCGCAGAACCAGCCAAUUACCGUCUACUAAUACUCUCCUCCGCCUAGGAAAACUGGUCCUUAUCCUCAACAACUUCUCCUCUGACUCCUCCCACUUCCU